CGGAUCUACUAGUAAAGAAAUUGAGAUGAGAAGUUUAGUUGAAAUCUGAAUUCGAAACCAUUCACAUCGUUUGGCAAAACAAAAUUCAUUAAAAUAAACAAAUACCCUAAAAAAAUAACCAAAAAUCAAAAUUUAAAACAAAAAAAAAACUUUUCCUUUUCGAUAAAAAUUUAUUCGUAUUCCUUUUAGAAAUAGAAAUUCAAAAAACAAACCAAACUCAACAAUAAAAGAUGUCUUUGAAUCCCUUUUCGUUCUGGAAUGGACAGCCAGUAACUGGACCCGUUUAUCCCCAAAUGGGCGAUGCCUUGCAGACAAAUGCCAUGGGCUAUAAUGGAGCAGGAGCAGGAGCAGGAUAUGGCAUGGGAGUUGGAGGAGCAGGCGCAGCAGCAGCAGCAGCAGCAGCAGCAACAGCUGGGUCUCAAUGGUCGCGACCUGGCUUGCAGACAUAUCCAUCGGCCCAGUGCUUGGGCAUGCAGCAACGGAUUCCACAACAGGCCCCGCCGCCGCACAUGACCAGGUCGAUGUCGUCGAUGGGUGACUAUGGCGGUGCUCCAAUGACUUGCCCCAUGCCCGGCAAUUUCUUUGGUGGGCAGCAGCAGAUCCAGUAUGAGCCGUGCAUUGAGAAUGGAGAGGCCUUCUGUGCCUACAAUGGCAUGGAUAUGAAUAUAAAUUGCCAUGCCGGUUCCGGUUCGGGAAGCGGUGGUGCACAGAGUGGCGAAAAGGGUGACUUCUGGUAAAAGGACAAGGAUAAAAUGCUGGUGUGCUGAAAAAUAAUAUCAAAAUCGUAAUCAAUCUGGAAUCAUGCAAAAGUAAAUGAAGUUUAGUUUAGUUUAUAUAUCAUUAGCUGUAUACCAAUCAAAAGUCCUAUAGAGUAAAUAAAUAUGUCUCCAUUUUCUUUGGAUCAAAGGGUAAACCAA